GUUGGGGGAGAAAAAAUAUGUUGCUUGAACUCAAAUUGGGUUGCUUACUUAAAUGUUUACCCUCUAUGAGAUAAUUACUAUUUCAUACAAAACAUUUUCUAUUACAUAAAUCUUAUCAAAGAUUACUCAGAAUUUACCGGGCCGCAAAUAUUUUAUCAAAAUUAUGAUUUUAUUCCUAGUUUGAUCUCAUAACAUGAAUCGAUUAAUAAGAGUUUCGUUGUACAUUGCUAAUAUUGUUAUUAUGGUCUGAUAUACGUAUUGUAAUUUAUAUUAUAACAUUUAAUUUGUUAGUUUGUAGGUAUAGCAUUUAUUAUUUUGGGUGGUACCUUAUUGUACAGAAUUAAAGAAUACGGUAAAGCAAUACCAUCUGAAAUAUCACCUAUUUAUAUAUCAAUUAUUAUUAUUGUUUUGGGAAUUAUUAAUUUUUGGGUGGGAUAUGUUGGGUAUAAUGGGGUUUUCAAAAGGGCAAAAAUCGAGUUAUAUUGGGUAAGUAAUUUGAAUGAAAAUACUAUAAUAUAAAAAUAUAAAUUUUAAAUUUAAAGUCUGGAGCAUUAUUGAUUUUCAUGGUUUUGGUACAUAUUGGUUUUGGAUUUUAUGUAAUAUUCAAUUUAAAAGACCAAGAAGAAUUAAAAGUUAAAAUACAUGAUAAAUUUGUUGAAUUAUAUAACUUCUGGGAUGCUGCUAUUGAAGAUCUUUUUCAGAAAAUGGAAAAAAAUUUCAGUUGUAGUGGUUUAACAGGGAACAAAUCAUGUGUUGAAGCGUUCUCAAAUUGGCUUAGUGUAAUCACUUUGGCAAUAGGGGUGGUUCCUUUAUCAUUUACAUUGGUAGAGGUGGGAGCAGCUGCACUUGCACUAUAUGCAGCGGCUAAAAUGAAAAAGGAUUUACUGAAUAUUGUCACAUAAACGUCAUGUAAUAAAAAACCAAUUAAAUUA